GUGUGGAAUUACAAUAGCUGAUUUACAGAUUUUUCACGGGGGAGAAAAACUUGUAAACAGUGUCUUUUGGAAAGGCAUAAAAGAAAACUAUGAACGAAUGAAAGCACUGGUAACUGAACUACAAGAACAAGCAGAAAAAAUCAGAUUAGGAGGUGGAGAAAAAGCUCGUAAGCUUCACACAUCAAGAGGAAAGCUGUUACCCAGAGAGAGAAUCGACAAGCUUAUUGAUCCUGGAUCUCCAUUCCUGGAGUUCUCUCAGUUUGCUGGUUACCAGUUGUAUGGUAAUGAAGAGGUACCGGCAGGAGGGAUUAUCACAGGCAUUGGACGAGUAUCUGGGGUGGAAUGCUUGAUUGUUGCUAAUGAUGCAACUGUCAAAGGUGGUACCUAUUAUCCCAUCACUGUUAAGAAACAUCUACGUGCUCAAGAAAUUGCAAUGCAAAAUCAUCUCCCUUGCGUUUAUUUGGUUGAUUCAGGAGGAGCAAAUUUACCUCGGCAAGCAGAAGUAUUUGCAGAUCGAGAUCAUUUUGGCCGUAUUUUCUAUAACCAAGCAGUCAUGUCAUCACAAGGAAUUCCACAGAUAGCAGUAGUAAUGGGAUCCUGUACCGCAGGAGGAGCAUAUGUACCUGCAAUGGCUGAUGAAAGUAUUAUUGUUGGCAAGCAGGGAACAAUAUUCUUGGGAGGGCCACCACUGGUUAAAGCAGCCACAGGUGAAGAGGUGUCAGCAGAGGAUCUUGGAGGGGCAGAUCUUCACUGCAGAAAAUCUGGUGUAACAGAUCAUUAUGCGUUGGACGACAAUCAUGCACUUCAUCUAGCAAGGAAAGUCGUAAGAAGUUUAAAUCUCCAAAAGAAAAUAGACGUGACUCUGGAACCAUCAGAAGAGCCUUUUCCUUCUGAUGAAAUAUAUGGAAUAGUUGGGGACCAGCUAAAAAGAAACUUUGAUGUCAAAGAGGUCAUUGCUAGAAUUGUAGACGGAAGUAGAUUUGAUGAAUUCAAAGCCUUGUAUGGGGAUACUUUAAUUACAGGGUUUGCAAGAAUUUUUGGUUAUCCAGUAGGAAUUAUUGGAAACAAUGGAGUUCUUUUCUCAGAGUCAGCAAAAAAGGGUGCGCAUUUUAUCCAGCUGUGUUGCCAGAGAAAUAUUCCCCUUGUGUUUUUGCAGAAUAUUACAGGUUUCAUGGUUGGUAAAGAAUACGAGGCUGGAGGGAUAGCAAAAGAUGGUGCCAAGAUGGUAACUGCUGUAGCUUGUGCCAGUGUACCUAAAAUAACUGUGAUUAUCGGGGGUUCUUAUGGAGCUGGAAACUAUGGGAUGUGUGGAAGAGCAUAUAGUCCAAGGUUUCUAUAUAUGUGGCCAAAUGCUCGCAUAUCGGUAAUGGGAGGGGAACAAGCUGCAACUGUUCUAGCUACAAUAGCUAAGGACCAAAAAGCAAGGGAGGGUAAGCAGUUAUCUGAGGCAGAUGAAGCAGCUUUGAAGGAGCCAAUCAUUAGGAGGUUCGAGGAGGAAGGAAACCCUUAUUAUUCCAGUGCAAGAUUAUGGGAUGAUGGAAUUAUUGAUCCAGCUGACACAAGACUGGUUUUGGGCCUCAGUCUCAGUGCAGCGUUGAAUGCACCUACGAAGAAGACAGAAUUUGGAGUUUUCAGAAUGUAAACUUAAACAUACACUUGUCAGAAUUAUCUCUGUAUAUUUUAUUUGGGGAUGGACAGCAAACUAACUACAAUGUUGCGGGAAUUAAAAAAAUGUAGAUUUGUAUAAUGCUAUUUUUAAUGACAAUUUCGUAGUUAUUUUCACUGAGUAAUUGUCACACAGUGCUUCGGUGUUUUGGUAGUUAUUUGAAAUCUGUCACUUGUAUUGUUCGUAUAACUGCAUUGCAUGAAUAAACUGCAGGUUCUGCAUUAUAUUUCAUGUUUGACAAGAUACCAUUGAUACUAUCUCUUACAUAAAUAAAUCUGCAAAAUAAGUUACA